AUGUCAUCCCUGGCCAACGCUGAGGCUUCUCAGCCACCCACGGGGAUGCACCGGCAGAUUGUCGCGACUCUCGCCUGCCUGCUCCUGAACUGCCCUGCGCUGCAGGGUGAGGUACCUUCGCACGGAACCGAACUUCACCCGGCGCUUUACCUGCCUGGCCACAGAGACGCACUUGGCAACAGCAUCCCAGACGGUUCCGGCGUCCUGAUCUCCAACCCUGGGCUCCGGGUGCCGGUGGGGCGUUCGCUCUGGCUCGACCCGCUCCGGGACCUGGAGAUUCGAGUGCAGCCUGGGGACCAGUGCGAAGUGACGGUGCUGGACGCCCCGCCGCUGCAACAGGGAGCCCUCUCCCCGCGCCGCUUUCCCUGCGCCUUCGGGCCGCAUCAGAUCCAGUACACUCACUUUGGCGCCCGCAGACCCGAACGCGCCCGAGUGCCGCUGCAGCUGCGCUACGACGCCUUGACUUACUCGCUAGUGCUGCCCUUCUCGCUGGAGGUAGACGUUGUCUUCUCCCAGCUGAAGCUGGUGACACGCAACAGGCCUUUGGAGGUGGAGAAGCUGCUGGGCUGGAGUCAUGCCAUUGACAGGGAUGUACUAGACUUCACCUCCCUGGAGUCUGGAGCCACAGCCGCCCCCAGGUGUCGGCUUACCCCCCUUCCACCAGAGGUCAGCCCACUGCCCAAGUAUGGGCGCUUGGUGGAAGCUGGAGGGACCCUUCUCCCCCGGGGCAGAGGUAUAGACUGUGAGACUUUCUUCAGGGCUGGAGUGCGUUACCAGCACAUGGCCACCAUACCCUCACCCAAUCGGGACUAUGUGCCUAUGAUGGCAGAGCUGCUAGCACCAGAGGACCGAAGCACUGGGUUAGUAGAGGUGCUGGCCCGUGAGUACUUCCAGCUGCUGGUGAUAAUCCGAGAGGGAGUCAAGAACACGGCCCCCAGACCCAGCUUCUUGGUCAUGAUGAUGAUGGAGGUUGAUCAGUACAUGCUAACAGCCCUGAUGCCUGAUGCUCUGGCUGCUGAGGACACUGAGUCAGACCCUGAUGACCUGGUUUUCAACAUUCUCAAUGCCUCCACAGUCUCUCCAGAGUACCUGGCUUAUCAGGGGUACCUCAUCAGCACCGAUGAUCCCCUAGGCCUUCCAGUCUUCUCCUUCACCCAGAGAGAGCUGCGGGAGCUGAAAAUUGCCUAUCAGCCUCCUACAAAGAAUUUGGAUGAGGAGUUUCUCAUCCAGCUGAAGCUGGAGGUGAUGGAUGAAGAUGGAGCCACCUCAGACCCCUUUGCCUUUGUGGUAAUAGUGAAGCCUAUGAACAUCCUGGCCCCAGUGGCUACUUAUAACAAGGGACUACUGCUUUUUGAAGGCCAGUCAAGGCCCCUGGCCAGCUCUCACAGUCUGAAAAUAAGUGAUAAAGAUAAUCUGGAAGAGGUGAAAGUGGCUGCAGUCAGGGGCUUGAGAAAUGGGCAGUUGGUGGUACUUGGGUCACCUGCUGGUUGCAAGCAUUUCACACCAGUGGAUCUGGAAGAAGGGCGAGUGGCAUACUUGCACGAUGGCAGUGACACCCACAGUGAUAACAUCAUCUUCCGGAUGGAGGAUGGGUACCACCAGGUGGAAUUCCUCUUCCACCUCACCAUUGUACCUGUUGAUGAUGAAUCACCAGUAGUCAUUGCCAACAUGGGACUCUCAAUAACUGAAGGACAGGUGGUACAGAUCUCCCCCUUUGUCUUGUGUGCUACAGAUGUUGACUCUGAGGACUCCACUAUCCGCUUUGUGCUGGACAAUCAGUCUCUGGAAGUUGAAGAAGGAAGAAAAGGUUGGGAUCAGGCUCCUGGUUCUUCUCACUCAGGCCAGCACCUGGGGGAGAUGCUGCUGUGACAGGUUGAACCACCUCUGCCUCCUGUAGAGGAAGAAUGGCAUUAUGUAGAAAAGAAAGGAGUUUAUGAGAAGGUGGUGAGCGAGUGGCUACAGCGAGAUAUAACAGAAGGAAGACUCCUCUACCGACAUCUUGGACCCCACAUCCCUCAAUCUAUAAUGGCCCACCUCACUUUUCAUGUACAGGAUGACCAUGACCCACCCAAUCUAUCUAUCCAGCACUUCUUCAUUAUCAACGUUCAGCCAGUGGAUCUACUGAGGCCAGAGCUAUAUCCUGGAACUACUCUAAAAAUGGAUGUGCAAGAAUACAAACUCACUCACUUCCAGAAGAAAUUCCUGUGAUACAUUGACAAAGACUCAGAUGACCAGAACCUACAGUACACUCUACUGACACCUCCAACUGACACAGAUGACAACUACCAAGUCCCAGUUGGAGAAAUUGUGCUCACUGAUGCACCAGACACACCCGUCAUGCACUUUACCCAGGCUCAGGUAAAUCACCGGAAAAUUGCCUACCAGCCUCCCCAGACAAAGCUGGGUAUUACACUCCGGGUAGUGCAAUUCACCUACCAGGUGGAAGAUGCUGCAGGCAAUAGUGUACUAGGUACAUUCACAUUAUUCCUUCACCCUUUGAAUAACCAGCCUCCACAAGUCAUUAACAGAGGCUUUACUGUCUUGGAGAGAGGCAGCUUUAUUCUCAGCAGUAAUGUGCUGGAUGUUACAGACUCUGACACAGAUGCUGACCAGAUCAUCUUCAUGUUAAUCUUGGGUCCCCAACAUGGGAAAUUGAAGUACUUGAAAAAGCCUAUGGUUCCAGGAGACUCUUUUAUACAAGCUGAUAUUAUUAAUGGAAGUAUCUCUUACAAGCACGGCAAAGACCAGACUGCCAGUGACACCUUCCAGCUGGAGGUAAAUGGCAGAGUACAUCAUGUACCCAUUGUUGUCCAGAUUUUUGUACAUUCUACUGCAGAUAAGAGUUCUAGGAUCUCUGAAACAGGUAGUUCAUUAUUGGAUGUCUCCAUAGAUGUACUAGAGAACAGAGCCACUGAGCUCACAAUGAACAUCAUCCAUGACAAAAAGAACACAAGUGACUCAGUGCUGACUUUUACUGUAGAGGACAGCCCCAAAUUGGGCAUCAUUCUGGUGAAUGAUUUGCCCACAGAACGAUUCACUCAAGAGGACCUUAUCAGUGGAGCAGUAGCAUAUCUCCACACUGGAGGUGAAAUUGGUUACCAGAAGCAAUAUGAUAACUUCAGCUUCUGUUACUGCAAGAAUUUUUAUCAAUGGGUGUUGGGGAAUAGCAUUGAGAAGAGGGUGCAGGUGCAAGUGACUGUGCUGCCUGUGGACAAUGUGUCCCCAAAGAUCUUGGUAGGAGAGUCCUACAUUGUCUAUGAAGGUGGGAAGAGUCCUUUGACCUUGCAACAUCUCAGUAUUGAAGAUGUGGACUCUCCCCAAGAUAAAAUCUUAUGCAUAAUGACUGGUCAGCCAGCCUCUGGCUACCUGGAAAAUACUGCACCAUCUGCUGGCUCAGAUGAAUCAGGGACAGGUAGCCCUAUCAGUGCUUUCUACAUCAGAGAUGUCCAACUGAGGCAUAUCAAUUAUGUACAGAGUAUCCACAAGGGGACAGAACCACAAGAAGAUCAAUUCACCUUCUAUUGCUCUGAUGGUGUAAACUUCUCCCCCAAUGUCUUCUUCCCUAUAAUAAUCUUACCCAGCAAUGAUGAACAGCCUGAAAUUUUCACUCAUGAAUUUGUGGUAUUAGAGGGGAUGAGCUUAGUAAUAGACACCCCACUACUCAAUGGAGUAGAUGCUGACCUGCCACCAAAUAAGCUUCACUUUCAACUCACAGCCUUCCCUCGACAUGGACGAAUCAUACAGCAGCUGGCCACAGGCAGCCAGCCAAUCCACAGCUUCACCUUACAGGAGAUUCAGGAGGCAUCCACCAUCGUGUAUGAACAUGAUGACUCAGAGACCACAGAGGACAGUUUUGAAGUCUGGCUGAGUGAUGGCAAGCACACCACCCACAGGAAGGUACCUAUCACGGUGAUUCUGGUGAAUGAUGAAACUCCUCAACUAACCAUCAAUAAUGGGCUGGAAGUAGAGGCUGGACAUACUGAGGUCAUCACAAAUGAAGUCCUCAGGGCCACUGACCUUGACUCAGAUGAUAAAAGCCUCAGUUUUGUCCUUCAUUCUGUGCCUCAACAUGGGUUUCUACAGCAACUGGGAAAACCAGGAAGAGAAACAAGGAACAGUUUCACUCUGGGAAUGAACUUUACCCAAGAAGAGAUUGAUCAAGGCCUCAUAUGUUACACCCACACAGGCCAAGAAGGGGUUCAAGACCUUAUCAAGUUUGAUGUGACUGAUGGGGUUAACUUUUUGACAGACUGCUACUUCUAUAUCAAAAUUGUCAACUUAGAUGGGACCUUCCCUGAGGUGGUGACCAAAGGGGUUCCAUUGAAGGAAGGUGGCAGAGUGACCCUCACCACACAUCUUCUAAGCACUGGUGACAUCAACAUCCCUGAUGAACAGCUCCACUUUAGCAUCACACAGGCUCCUAACCAGGGCCACUUGGAAAGUUCUGACUAUCCAAGGGAACCCAUUACCUUUUUCACUCACCCUCAAUUGGCUAGCAACAAAAUAUUCUAUGUUCACACUUCAAAUGAUGAAAUAAAGAUGGACAGCUUUGAAUUUCAAGUGACUAAUGGACACAACACUGUGCAUAGAGCCUUCAGGAUCUUCAUCAUGGAUGUGGAUAAUAAGAAACCUAUCUUAACUAUCCACAAACUAGUAGCACAGAAAGGGGAUAAGAAACUGAUCACUCCUUUUGAGUUGACAGCUGAGGACAAAGAUACCCCAGAUGAUCGUCUUCUCUUUACCAUCACCCAGGUCCCCACCCAUGGUAGAAUUUUGUAUAAUGGCAGCCAUCCUGUCUCCACCUUCACCAAAUGGGAGUUGAAUGAGAACCUGAUCAGCUACUGGCAUGAUGGCAGUGAAACCAAUGAAGAUAGUUUGUCAUUGACUGUGACAGAUGGCAAUCACACUGAUUUUUACAUUUUUCCAGACACUGCCUUGGAGACACACAAACCUCAGAUAAUGAAGAUCCAGAUAAGCUCCCUAGACAAUAAGCUCCCCAAAAUUGUCAUUAACAGUGGGGCUCUAUCUUUGAAGAAACUUCAUGCUGGACACAUGGGCUUCCUGAUUACCAGCAAGUCUCUGAAAGCAAAGUAUCAGGACAGUCCCCAUAGGCUCCUGAAGUACAAAGUGACCAGAGGACCAAAGCAUGGGUACAUUGUUAACACCAGCCUUGGAAAUGAGAGCACGCAAGUGUUUACACAAGCUGAUAUUGAUGAGAUGAGGAUCUUCUAUGUCUUGAAAGAGGGCAGCAAUGCAACAAAAGACAUCUUCUACUUCUCUAUUGAAGACAAUGGAGUAAAUAAAUUAACAAAUCAACCUUUCCAUCUAAACUGGGCUUGGAUUUCUUUGGAGAGAGAGUACUACAUUGUAGAUGAAGACACCACAUUCUUGGAAGUGACCAUCACACGCAGAGGAUACGUUGCAGAAACAUCCUUUAUCAGCGUUGGGACCAAAGAUGAAACUGCAAAAAAAAAUAAAGAUUUUAAAAGAAAUGCCCAGGAACUGGUCCAGUUCAAUCCUGGACAGACUGCAGCCACAUGGAGGGUGAGAAUUAUACCCGACAAUGAAUACGAGGCUUCAGAGACCUUCCAGAUUGUUCUGUCAGACCCUGUCAUGGCUGCAUUGGAGUUUCCGGAAAUGGCAACAGUGGAAAUUGUUGACCCUGGAGAUGAAUCAACAGUUUAUAUUCCACAGGCAGAAUACAAAAUAGAGGAGGAUAUUGGGGAGAUUUUGAUUCCUGUGAGGCGGUCUGGAGAUGCAAGCCAGGAACUAAUGGUCAUUUGCUCUACACAUCAAGAUUCCGCCAGAGGCACAAUUUCUUCCACAGUCCUGUCUUUCUCUGACUACAUUUCGCGUAUCAAAGACCACACCAGCAGCCUCCACUUUGGCAAGAAUGAGACUGAGAAGACCUGCCGGGUCAUGAUCAUUGAUGACUCCCUUUAUGAAGAGGAGGAAUCCUUCAGUGCCUCACUGAGCCUGCCAAUAGGAGGGCAACUUGGAGCCAAAUUCCCCACCACUAAGGUGAUUAUCCUGGCAGAUCAUGAGGAUGAGCCUGUCCUGUACUUUGGGGAUGCUGAGUAUCACAUAGAUGAAAGUGUGAACUACCUGGAGGUGUCUGUCUGGAGAAGAGGUCCUGACCUUUCCCAAGCAGCCUCUGUCACUGUGUGUUCUAGGAAGGCUGAGCCAUACUCAGCAGAAGCUGGAAUAGAUUAUGUUGGCAUCAACCGAAAACUGGACUUUGCUCCUGAGGUACACAGGCAAAUAUUCCAAGUGACAAUUCCUGAUGACCUAAGACAGCCCAUCCUGGAGGGUCCAGAGAGGUUUGAAUUACUUCUCCAGAUGCCCAUGGGUGCAGUGCUUGGAGAACCAAAUAAAAGUACCAUUUUCAUCAAGGUUGCCAUCACUGACUGUAAGCAAAAUGGUUGCAUGUAG